AUGGAGGGGGGAGGGCCAGAGGCGGGCGUCACGUUCCUGCGGCUGGCGGACGGCCGGGGCUGGGUGUUCGACACCAAGCCCGGCUUCGGCACGAUGUGUGUCCGGGUCGCCCCCGCCGCGGACCAAGGGGCCUUGCCGUCCGCCGCUGCGCCGGGCCGCCCCCCGACGCAGGCCGCGCAGGUGCUUCCACACGUUCCAUCUGCUCCGCCAACGUUUCCAGGAACAACGCCGAUGUUCCCAGGGACGCUGCCGCUGCACGCCGCCCUCGCCCCGGGCGCGCCCCUCCCGGCGGCAGGCCUGGGGCCAGACGCCAACAUCUGGGUCCAGCGCUACGGCCUGCCCUCGCUGGAGACGCGCGCGGUGCCCGACGUCGACGGUCCCAGGACGGGGCACCUGCUGAUGCCAGGAGACAGUUUCCUGGUGGCGGAGGAGCUCAUGGGCCCCAGCGGGGUCAGGUACCUCCGGCUGGCCGACGGCAGGGGCUGGGCCUUCGACUACAAGCCGGGCGUCGGGCCCAUGUGCGCCAGGUACGCGCACUCAGCGCCGCAGCCGGCGCCUCUGCCCAGCGGCGGCCUGGCCGGACCGGCAUGGCCGGACUGGCCGGCUGUCAGACCCGGCGGGACCGCCACGGCCUCGGCGCCCCUCGUCGGCGCCCCGGCGCCGGCGCCCGGAGCCUGCGGGCUGCGGCCCUCGGCGUCCUUCGUCGGCGGGGCUGCGCCGCCGCCACUGGCGCCCUUUGGCCCGGCGCUGCUGCAGGCGCCGGCGCAGAGCAUUGCGCUCGGCGCCACCACGCACAGCGUGGCGGCGCCACCGACCCGGGCCACCCUGACGCCGCCCGCUGUCAUCUCGCACUCGCCAGGGCUGGGCGCCCCGAGCGGCGUGCCCCCCGCUGGCCCGCUGCCGUGCGCGGCGGGCGGCAGCCUGUCGCCGGUGGCGCAGUACACGGUGCCGCCAGAG